UAUAAAAACCGAAAGGGGAAAAGCAAAGAGCGCACUCACUCACUUAUUGCGUCAAUUCCACUCCAUUUAACGGUGAAGUGAGGAGGAGAAUACGACGUCGCUGGAGCUGGGGAACCUCGUCUCUACUCGCUCUCGUCCCCGGCGGAGAUCCACCAUGGCCGGCAAUCCCACCACCACCGCCUCCUCCGCAUUAUCUCCCGAGAAAUUCAAUUUCUCGCCCGAUUACCCCUCAAAAAUCCCCCUCACUUCGGAUCAGCUCAAACACUGCACCCAGGCCCUCAACCUUCUCAAGGACAAAUUCCACACUCCUCACAAAAUCACUGAGGAGUUCGCACACUUGCAGGGGAACAGAAUAACACCGAGUGAGAUGAGGAGAAGAUGCACCGUCGCUCUCGACGCCGUCAAUUUGAGCAAGAAUCGUUACACGGACGUUUUACCAUUUGACAACAACAGGGUUGUUCUCAAGUCAAGUACAGAUUAUAGACAUGCAGCACUGGGGUAUAUCAAUGCAAGCCUUGUCUCGACCCCUGGAAAUGUGUCCCAGUUUAUUGCCACACAAGGUCCACUUCCGCAUACUUACGAGGAUUUCUGGGAAAUGAUUAUUCAAUAUCACUGCCCUGCGAUUAUCAUGCUUACUAGGUUGGUGGACCAUUACAGGACAGUAAAGUGUGGAGAUUAUUUUCAAGCUGAGGAUGGACCCAGAGAAGUUGGUAAUAUUUCUAUUGUUGGUAAAUGGAUGAGCACUACUGAAACUUCGCUGGUGCUGCGCCAUUUAGUGGUGAACCAUAGAGAGGUAGAAGAGGCCGCAUUAUCUGUUUUGCAUAUUCAGUAUCCUGAAUGGCCCGACCAUGGAGUUCCCAAAGAUACUUUUGCUGUGCGUGAAAUUUUGAAAAGAUUGUACCAUUUACCUCCCAACCUUGGCCCAAUAGUGGUGCACUGCAGUGCAGGUAUUGGUAGAACUGGAACAUACUGCACGAUUCACAAUACAAUUCAGAGAAUACUUGCUGGUGAUAUGUCUGCUGUAGAUAUUGCUAACACAAUAGCUGUGUUCAGGUCCCAGCGUAUUGGAAUGGUUCAGACCAAGGAUCAGUACGAAUUCUGCUAUAAAGCUAUCAUUGAUGAACUGGAAGACCUUGUAUCUCAGCAGUAAUAACAGUAGAAGGGGCUUGACGAAUUGCUGUCUUGUUUGAUGAAAAUCCAGUGCUGGAAGGAUGUUUAGCUUGAAGCUAACUUUCAAUUCUUCGAUCUCUAUUUUUGGUUCCCUGCAAUGCUUAUGUCUCCUGGCAGCUGAGUCUGAAACUCUGGCAUUCCGGAGACUUUAUCGAACUUAUUCUCAAGCUUUCAUGUAUAAUUGCUGGCAGGGGAAAACUGACAAAUAUUAGCAUCCUUUUGAUUGUUAGAAUUCUAUUGGGGAACAUAAUGGCAUAAUGACUAGAAUAAUCAAGUCCAUUGUCCCUCCUGUUACUAUCUUUUAUUUUCUUAAACCCACCACCCCACUCCCUCUGCGAAGAAUAUGCAUCUGAAAUAUUUUCUGUUCAUUUAAAUUUAUUAUAUAACUUUUAGGGUGUG